AUGGAUCUUGAACUGCAACCACCAACUGCAUCGCCUAGCGCCCGGGGAUCCUCCCCUGCACCCUCUGAAUCUCUGUAUGAAAUCUCCUCUGCAACCCCUGACCUCACCCUGGCUAUACGCCAGGCUCUCCGACCAUGGCAGUCUCAGGGUCCCUCUGAGUUGUUAUAUGAUCUGGACAGUGCCAUCGAUGCCGUCUUCGCGGUGAACAAGACCAUGCUUCGUGUCCUGCAACUUGCAGGCCACAAGUACUGGGCAAGCAUCCCCGUCCCCAACCUUCUCCUGAAACAGCGAUUCAACUCAGCAAUCGCACAAUGCCGUGGCACUCCAGGGAAGGGGGCUCCUUCCCCCCCUGCGGCUGCCAACCAGCCCGCACCCACCUCCGCUCCAUCUGGACCCGACCUCACGGCGGCCCUCCAGGACCUCCGCUCCGCCCUCGACGCCAGACUCGAUGCUCUGGAGACUCGAAUGGCGAAUGCGACCCCCCCGUCGCAGGCGAAGGCUCCCCCUCCUCCCAAACCUCAGGUACGUGGCGUUCCCAAGAAGCGCUCGUACGCGGCGGCAGCCGCCACCUCUCAUCCAGCUCCUCCCGGGAUGACUCCGAACCCGCCCACUCCCUCGAAGGCUCCUAAGACCAAGAGUUCGCCAGAGCCUUUGAGACGCCCCCCGCCCAACUUGUCAGCGAUGUGA